CAUGAUUCCUUUUACUGUCUUUUCCCGCACCUUCCAUGGUUCAUUUCGCGUGCACAUCAUGAACAUAUGUUAUUUGUUAUGAAACAGAUAAGGAGCUCUUCUCUUCCACUACUAAAUAUCAAAAUAAACGACACUUGGCUUAAGGCAAUCGCAAUUGUACAGUGUCCACAGUGUUCAUUAAAUGCGCCUCAACAGUGUCCUACGCUUCCGAUUGAAUGACAUUCGAUUCAGCGCGAAAACGACCUUUGUACCAAAUCAUGAACCGAUCAAGGAAACGGACAUCAAGAAAUUGGAAUUGUUUCUGGAAGCCAAACCGAAUGUUUUAGUCUUAACUGGAGCAGGCAUCAGCACCGAAUCAGGAAUACCGGACUACCGCUCCGAAGGAGUUGGUAUGUACGCCCGAACGACCUCGAGACCGGUUCAGUACAUGGACUUUCUAAAGUCGAAAAAGGUGCGGCAAAGAUAUUGGGCUCGUAAUUUCGUGGCGUGGCCAAGAUUCUCAAGCUUCGAACCGAACGCCGUUCACCAUUCACUAGCUCGAUUCGAACGUGAAGGUAGACUCAUCGGACUUGUAACACAGAACGUUGACCGGCUGCACCAAAAGUCCGGUUCAAAGAAUGUAAUCGAAUUGCAUGGCAGUGGAUAUGUGGUCGUAUGCUUGACGGAGAACUGUAACUAUAAAAUCGACAGACAUGAUUUCCAGGACAUUCUGAACACAUUGAAUGCGAAUAUGGUCGACAAAAGCGAUAUGGUGAGACCGGAUGGUGACGUUGAAAUACCACAGGAAUACAUCGACAAUUUCAAUGUACCCAUUUGUCCGGAAUGCAACGGUGAUUUGUUGAAGCCGGAUAUCGUGUUUUUCGGCGACAAUGUACCACGCACUCGGAUUAAUUCUAUUGCCAGCAUGAUUUGCAACAGUGACGGUCUGCUGGUCUUGGGUUCUAGUCUGUCGGUGUUUUCCGGGUAUCGGAUCGUUUUGCACAGCUACGACUUGGGACUGCCGAUUGCGAUCGUAAAUAUUGGACCGACCCGAGGCGAUGCGAAAGCGGACCUGAAAAUUUCCGCCAAAUGUGGUGAUAUCAUCCCGAAAUUGUUUAAUUUUAAGUAAAAAGGCCUGGUGUGCAAUGGAAAGGUUUGUAAUUUAAUUUAAUUUGUUCCGUCGAGCGUUACAAGAGAAGUGUACAAUUCAUUCGUCGCAGUACUGGUUGAUCAGCUUCAUCAACAACGAAACGAAAUCGUAGACAUCUGCAAAGGUAUUGUACAGCGGCACGGGCGCAACGCGUAUACAGUUCGGCUCUCUGAAGUCACA